AUGACUCCCCUCAUCAAACUCGGCAGCCUUUUGGCAUUGCUCUGGAUUACCUUUGGCAUCUCCACAGCCAACGCCAGCAUUCCCUCGUCCAAGCGCUUCGAUCUCUCCUCUCCCUCCUACGACCUCUACCGUCACAAAACCCUCCGCGAUGACACGGUCCAGCAAGGAUUCGCCUUUGACAACGUCAACCGACGCCUGUUCGUCGCACAGCGCUGCGACGGGACCUCCGAAACAGCCGGCGACCUGACAAUCACCCAGCUCGACUUUGCCGGCAACUACGUCGGACACAUGUACCUGAAGGAUUUCGGACACGGCGUCUCCUUCGGUGCUCAGGGCGUCGGGUCUGCCACAUACCUCUGGACCGAGGUCGAGGCCAACAGCAACGGGUACGGCAAGAAACUCGCCCGCUUCAAGUUCGCCUCCGGCACCAUCCUGACCAGCUCCGCGGCUGGCCUGGCCAAAUUCAAGCCCGUCGCGGAUGCAACGGAGCAUACCUGCGCCAUAGACCCGGUCUACAACCGGUUGAUCGUCCGGUAUCACCUGAAUGGGGCAAAGCAUAUCGCCGUUUAUGACCUUGCCGCCGCGACGAGGGGCGACUUUGCCUCCCCGCUGGCCAACUUCAAGCAGCCUGCCUUGAAUGCGCUGUCGUCGACCUUCCAGGGGUACACGGCGUACGGUCAGUAUUUGUACCUGUUGACCGGGACUUCGUAUGCGGCUAGCGGAGGUAAGGUCAAUUCCGAGGUAACCAGUGUCGAUAUGAACACGGGCAAGGUGGUGCAGGGGCCAACGCUCACCAAGGCCGGUUCGACGCUGGAGUUUAGAGAACCGGAGGGGUUGGCGAUUUACAAGACUGUUGCUGGGGAAGUGCGGCUGUUCUUGGGGUUUGCGUCUGGGGUUGCGGGUGAUCGCAGGUCGAAUCUGUUCUACAAGAAUGCGUUGGUUAAGUGA